AUGGCAGAUUAACUACUAUAAAAUGAAAAAAUUAAAGAAAUAAGUUAACAUUUUCAACAAAAGUUAAGAAAUAAUCAAUAGCAUUUAUAAAAGAUAUUUCAUGUAUCCUCAGAAGAAUGUUAAUCCUUAAAGGAAUAACUCUUAGCAACAAAAUAUUAUAUAGAUUAAAGGUAUACAAAAUAUUAUUGAAAAGAUGUUAAGAAUAUUCAUAAUUAGUUAUGGAUAUCAAUGUUAAAGGUGAAAGUAGAGAACUUUUGAAAAAAUUGGCAGAUUUAAUUACUAUAAAUGAAUUGCUAAAGGAAGGUAAAUCUAUAAUAUUAUAUUUAACAAGACAUUGCAUAUUAUAAGGAUACUAUUUCAAAUUAAGAUUAGAGAAUUUUAUAAUUGGAAGCUUAAUUGGAGUCUUAUAGAAAUGUAAUUCAAGAGCUUCAAUAAGAAAAUAAAGAGAUCUAUGAAAAAACUAAAUAAGAAGCUGAAUCUGAGAGAAAAGAAUUGGAAUUGGCUCUUACAGUUUCAAAAACAUAGUUUUAAUAGCUUGAAGAUUAAUUUUUUUCAUAGGUUUUUAAAUUAGAAAAUACUAUCAAAUAACUAAAUACAAAAAUUGUUGAUUUAGAAACAGGUAGAGCAACUUUAAUUAAAACUAUUCAUUAAAAAGAAGAAUUAAUAAAAAAAUAAUCAAUUCAUUAUGAUACUAAGUUAACAGAUCAAAAAGUAUAUUGGUAAAAUAAAUUAAAUGAGAAAACUAAUGAAUUAGAAUAGGAAAUGAAGGAUCAAAUCCAAUAAUGGGAAAUUAAAAGUAAGUGUAUAAAUAGUGAUUUCGAUAAUUAUAAAAAAAAUUUUUAAGAAUAAAUUGAAUAGUUAACUAAUUUAUCAAAUUUAAAGGAUAAAGAUUAUAAUAGAUUGAAAGAAACUUAUGAUAAAUUGUAAGAGGAUUUUAAAUUAAAGGAGGCUUACAUUUAAACACAUAAAGUUGAAAAUGAUACUCUGAUUAAUGAUUUAAGAAAUCAUGUUGAAAUACUUAAAGAAUUAUAAAUAAAUUAGGAAUAAAAAAUUAAUAAUCAGUAAUAUGAAUAUAAUAAACUUCUAUAGUAAUAUAAAGAUGGAGAUUCAAAAUUCAAAAAAGAAUAAUAUCAGUAAAUUUAAUUAUUGUAAGAAAUUAAAGAUUUAUAAUUUUUAAAUCAAGAGAAUUAAACCACUUUGAAAAAUUAUAAUUAAUUAAUCAAAGAAAUAUAUAAAAAUGCAUCAUCAUUUUUAGGAUAAGAGUUAAAGAUAUAAGAGAGUUAGUAAAUGCUUUAAUCCUCUUUAGAAUAUUUAUUUCUAAUAAUUAAAUCUAAUUAAGAAUAAAAAUUAGAAUUUAAUGAAAUUUAAAAUAUGUAUGAAGUUUAAAAUAUAGAUUUGAAAAAUAAACUUAAUAAAUAAUAUUAAAUAAAUUCUUCUUAAGAGAAGAUUAUAGCAACAUUAGAAAAGAAAAUUUCAGAGAUAUAGUUGAAUUAUUUAAAAAACAGUUUAUAAGCAUCUCAAGAUUCUUAAAUAAAAUCUAAUUAAAAACCAGUAUCUUAUUCAGUUCAUAAAUUAGAAGAUCUUUAAGUAUUUCCAAGUAUAAUGGAAUAAUCAGAUUUAAUACAAUAAUUUAGUGAGGGUGAAAGAACAGAUAGUUUACCUAAUGAGAAAUUAGAAAAUUCUAAAAUAUUCUUAUCAGAUCAAAUCAAAAAAGAAGAUAAAUACACAUAAACAGAUGAUAUAGCCUUGAUUACUAUAUAAAAAGAGGAGUAAUAAAAUGAAAUUUCAAUUCAAAACUAAGAAGAAAGUCUUAAUGAUGAGAUAAUUAAUCAAGAAUAAUAAGAGAUUCUAGUAUCAUAAUCUGAAACAAUAAUAGAAUAAAAAGAAGUAAUUAAACCAUAAUAAUAAAGAAGAAGAACCUAUGAUUACUUAUAACCCCAAGCCAUUCCUUUAUUGAUAGGGGCAAAAGAAGAAAAUUCUGUAUAAAUUAAAACUAAAAAUUAAAUCUAAGAAUAAUCAUAGAAUUUAGAAUAAAUAAACGAAUUGUAAUCUAAUGAAAAUGUAAUACAAAGCUUGAAAGUAAUAGAAGAGGAAUAAAAUUAAUUAAAAACUGAAGAAAACUAAGAAUAAAAUAUAGAAUUUUAAAAUACUAUUCAAAAUGUAGAAAUAGCUGAAUCAAAUAAGUAAGUUAUUCAAAAUAAAGAAGAAGAUUUUAUUUAAUAAAGUUAGAAGGAUUUAUUUCCUUAAUUAGAUUAAAAUGGAAUAACACUCAAGGAAUAUAUUGAUUAAUAGGCAAAAUAAGAUAUUUCAAUUUCGACUAAAAAAGAUUUAUAUAAUUAAGAACUUGGAAAAUAAAAAUAAUAGAAUGAUUAUUAAUAUUAUAAAGAUAGAAAAAUAAAUCAUUUAAUCUAAGCUUAGAGAAUUUAGUAAAAGAGACGAAAAAAUUCAAGAAAAUUUAAAUUAAAAUUAGAAUCAGAUUUAACAGAGAAUAAUCAUAUUAAUUGUACUCCUGAAACAGUGACUACGAAUACAAAACUUAGUCGAAGUACUCAUAUUUAAACUGAAUGGUCUCUUAAAGUCACUCCAUAUACAACUAUUCAUUGUUAAUAAGAAAAUGAAUAAUUGGGAUUUUAAAAUAGUGAAGAUUAAAUAAAAGAAAAUUAAGAAUAUAUAUAAUUGAAAAAUAAUUAUACAAAAUUAUAGAAUGACUUGAGCAAAUUAGAGGAAGAAAAUCUAAGAUAGAAUUUGAUACUAGAAUAUUUUCAGAAAAAUUAGCCAUUAAAAGUUACAUAGGAUGCAAGUUGCUUUGGAAAUUUAGAUGACGAUAUAUAUGAGAAAUAAGAAUUAUUAGAAAAUAAAUUAAAAUCUAUGGAAAUAGAGUUUAAAUAAAUAAAUGGAACAAAAGAAGAACUUGAAAAAGAAUUUGAAUAAAAAACAAAAGAAAUUGAGAAUUUAUAAGAUUUGAUAGCGAACUUAAGUGAUUAAUUAAUGUAACAAAAAUAUGAAAAUUUGAAGUAAAAAGAUUUGCUUUUGGAAUUAAAAGAGCAAUUGAGUUGCCAAAAUAAAUAAAAUGAAUUUAUGAAUUAAAUAAUUUAAGUUCCAAAAGAGAAAGGUGAAAAGACUAAAUUAAAACUUUAAUCAAAUUCGAUAGUAGUAAGAAGAGAAGUAAAAGAGAAAUCAAGACCCUCAACACCAAUAAAAUUUGAUUAAAUAGAUGAGUUAAAGUAAAAGAUUUUCUAAUAUGAAAAAAUGAUUAGAAAUUUGAAUUAAUAAAUAGGGAAGAAAGAUGAAUAGUUGAAAUCUAGGUAACAUCAUUUAGAAAAUAUAGCUUAACUUUAAUAAUUAUAAAGUGUAAAUAUUGAAGUUACAGAUUUAAGAAAAUAAUUAGAAUAAAAAAAAGAGUAAUUAUCAAAGUGUUACACAUUAAUUUAAUAUUUAGAAGUUGAAUUAGAAAAUUAUAAAUCAACAUGCAAUCUUUUCAAUAAGCCAAAAUAAUAAAAUACUGAGAGAGUAAUAAGAAAUGUUUAACCAUCUAUUCCUUAGAUAUCUUAGAGUAUUCCAAAAAAGUUACCAAACUUAUUAUAGGAUGAAUAAAAUUUAUCAAUAAGUCGAAGUUCAUAUAGAAAGAGGUAUUAUAAUUAAAUUUAUUAAUAAGAAAUAAUUCUCUUUACACAAAUCCUUUUGAUAACUAUGAUGUGCUUAGAAACGCAGCAAAAUUUGUAAAACAGUUAAAUAAUAAUUCUAUAUAAUUAUAAAAUGAUUGAUAAAUUUCUUGAAUAAGCAUAUUCAGGUGAACUUUUAAAUGAAAAUGCAAUUAAAUUUAUAUGUUUGACAUUAAAAGAGAUAUUUUCAAAGGAACCAAAUGUAAAAAAGAUCCCAACUCCUGUUACAAUAGUAGGAGAUGUUCAUGGGUAUUUAUUUUGAGAAAUCUUAUUAAGUCAAUUAAAUGAUGUUUAAGAAUUAUUUAAAGUAGGAGGAAAGCCUCCAUUUACAAAUUACUUAUUUUUAGGUGAUUAUGUAGAUAGAGGUGCUCAUAGUGUGGAAGUAAUCACAUUACUUUCCCUCCUUAAAGUAAAAUUUCCAAAUAGAGUUACAUUAAUAAGAGGAAAUCAUGAAACAAGAGGUAUAACAUAAAAUUAUGGGUUUUACAUGGAAUGUUAAUAGAAAUAUGGUAAUACUUUAGCUUGGGAAUAUUUUACAGAGAUGUUUGAUUAUAUACCAAUAGCUUGUAUAGUUGGUACAAAUCUAUUAUGUGUUCAUGGAGGAUUGUCUCCUUGUAUUGAGAGUGUUGAUGAAAUUGAAUAUUUAAAUAGAUUUUAAGAAAUUCCACAUGAGGGUGUUUACAGAUAUUAUGUGGUCAGAUCCUGAUGAUGAAGAUACUCCAGGUUUUAAGAUUUCUCCAAGAGGAGCAGGUUUUGUAUUUGGAGGAUAAGUUCUUAAAGAAUUUCUACAUUUCAAUAAUAUGACCCAUUUAAUAAGAGCUCAUUAAUUAUGCAAUGAAGGAUUUAAUUUAAAAUUUGAAGACAGAUGUAUUACUGUUUGGAGUGCUCCUAAUUAUUUAUAUAGGAAUGGUAAUCUUGCUUCAAUUCUUGAAAUUGAUGAAUUAGACAAUCGUUAUUUCAAUAUUUUUAGUGAAAGUCCAGAAAAUAUGAAAAAAGAUUUAGGUACUAAAAGCAUGAUGCUUGGUGCUGAUAAGAAUUAUUUUAUAUGA